CUCACCGCCAGAGCCGCGCUUCAGCGGUCGCUCUCCCUCACUCGCAGCAACACACACUCUCUCGUGCACACACUUCUCCCCCUUCCCCGUCUCUUUCCCGCUCUCUCUCUCUCUCUCUCUUUUCUCUCUCUCUCUCUCUCUCUCUCUCUCUCUCUCUCUCACACACACACUCUCCGUUUGCCUCGGUCUCUCUCUCAGCCACUCAUUCUUCUGUGCUCUCCUGUUUCAUCUCUCCGCCGUGGAGUGCAGAGAGAGAGAGGUGAUUCGGCUCCCUGGCUGGCUGGCUGGCUGGCUGGCAGUGACUAGAUUGGGGCAAACAGAGGCAGAGUUUGGGACCUAAGGGACAGGACAGCACAGGAGAGGGGGGGGGGAAAUUCCAGCAGGAAAGAUCCAGCGCAAGAUUUCCUCCAGAGGAGAUUAUUUGCAUCAUAAAACCUGUGGAAAGAGGACUCUGACACUAUACUGGCUGCACAACCGCUGUCCGCACAAGAGGGGGCGUGAUAGACAAGGACCUGCGCCACUACCUCAACCUGCGCUUCCAGAAAGGCUCGGUGGACCACGAGCUGCAGCAGAUCAUCCGGGACAACCUCUACCUCCGCACCGUCCCCUGCACAACCAGGCAGCCCAAGGAAGGAGAAGUCCCUGGGGUGGAUUAUAAUUUCGUGACCGUUGACCGGUUUAUGGAAUUGGAGAAAAGUGGAGCCCUUCUAGAGAGCGGAACAUAUGAAGAUAACUUUUACGGUACCCCGAAGCCUCCGGCUGAGCCCAGCGCUCUGCUGCUAAAUGUAACGGACCAGCUGUUGCCGGGCGCCAGACCCACCUCCGAGGGCAAGAGGAAGCGUAACAAGUCGGUCAGCAACAUGGAAAAAGCCAGCAUCGAGCCCCCAGAGGAGGAGGAGGAGGAGAGACCCAUCGUCAAUGGCAACGGUGUUGCUGUCACCCCAGAGUCAAGCGAACAUGAGGACAAAAGCACAGAUGCUUCGGGGGACAUCGCCCCGCAGAGCAACCCAGCAGAGGCCCCAGCCGAGCCACCCAAAGACGACGGCCUGUCCCCAAAAAUUACAGUACCCAAACCAGAGGAGAACGACGAGCUAGGGCCACUGCCUGACAACUGGGAGAUGGCAUACACAGAGAAAGGAGAGGUCUACUUCAUCGACCACAACACCAAGACAACAUCGUGGCUGGACCCGAGGCUAGCCAAGAAGGCAAAGCCGCCCGAGGAAUGCAAAGAGGAUGAGCUUCCGUACGGCUGGGAGAAAAUCGAUGACCCCAUUUACGGCAGCUACUAUGUCGACCAUAUAAAUAGAAGGACCCAGUUUGAGAACCCAGUCCUGGAGGCUAAAAGGAGACUCCAGCAGCAGCAGCAGAUGCAAAGCCAGGGUCUGUCCUCACUGCCCCUUCCCACCAUCUACAGAGUGGAGGAUGCCAGCCCCUGUGCCACCCUCCACAGAUCCCCCCUCGUUCAGGUCGGCCCGGUGCCCGAGCGCUGCCACAGCCUCGGCGACCUCUCCCGCUCGCCAACUCUGGGUCGCAGGGCGGCUGCAUAUGCUACAUCCUCCUCCGCCGACGUCUCCCCGCUCCGGCGUGUUCUGACUCGGCGGAUGAAUAUGUGCCCCUACCACCACCAGCAGCAGCAGCCACUUCACACCUCCGCCUGCACUGUGGUGCUAGAGCAGCCUGUCUGUAGCCCCUUCUCCCUGUGGCACUUUGUCAAGAAGCCGCUGUUCACGCGGGACCCGACUCAGCUGAAAGGCAGUUUCUUGUCCACGUCCCUCCAAAAGAGCAACAUGGGCUUUGGCUUCACCAUUAUCGGAGGCGACGAGCCUGACGAAUUCCUCCAGGUCAAAAGCGUUAUCCCGGAUGGGCCGGCCGCAGCUGACGGAAAGAUGGCCACAGGUGAUGUCAUCGUCUACAUCAAUGAUGUGUGCGUCCUGGGCACCACUCACGCCGACGUGGUCAAACUCUUCCAGUCGGUUCCAAUCGGCCAGAGCGUCACCCUCGUCCUGUGUCGUGGUUACCCUCUGCCCUACGACCCAGAGGAAGCUGCCAACACCAACAACAACACCACCACCACCAUCAUCUCCCCGCUGGGCAUCAUGGAGCAGCGGCCCAUCAUGGUGAACGGCAGGACAGGAUACGACAACUACCUGGACUAUCUCUCCCGCACGGCGCGCUUUGUCACAGACCCCAGUCAGGACCAGGUCAACGCCCAGCAGCAGCUGCUCACCCCUCACCCGGGUGACACCCACCUAGACGGCUCGCUUCCUCCCACCACCGGCACCACGCCUCCUGACAGCGUCUCCAUGGCAUCUUCAGGGGCGACCCAGGGAGAACUUCUCACCCUGACCAUGGUGAAGGGCAUGGAUGGUUUUGGCUUCACCAUCGCGGACAGCGCUACGGGCCAGCGAGUGAAACAAGUGCUGGAGCCUCUGGGCUGCCCGGGCCUGUGCGAGGGUGACCUGAUUGUGGAGAUUAACAAGCAACCCGUGCAGGGAUUCACACACACGCAGGUGGUGGAGCUUCUCAAGGAGUGUGGCGUCGGAGCUGAGACCUGCCUGGUGGUUCAGAGAGGUGGAACAGGUCACUAUUCACCCUGGAAGACCCCUAAGCAGGUGCUGGAGCAGUGGGAGUCCCAGCAGGGCCAGAGCAGCCCUGCUCAGACCAGCCUGUCAGCCCCCGUUAUCCCACACAGCGCCCCCUUCCCAACCCACCAUCUCCACAGGGCCUCGGUCCCAGACUCAGCCUCCGAGGCCUUGGCCCUGGCAAAACCAGACCCCUAUGACCUUUAUGAGAAGUCCAGGGCUAUCUAUGAGAGUAGGCAACCUGGCCAACCAAGGACUGUUUUUCCUGUGGACUCCUCAGGAGCAGAGUACCAGGACAUCGAGGUGCACCUGCGCAGACAGAAGUCCGGCUUCGGGUUCCGGGUGCUGGGCGGGGAUGAGGCGGGGCAGCCUGUGAGUCCGGAGGCGCGUGAGAAGAUCUUGAUUGGUGCGAUCAUCGAGAAGAGCCCGGCAGACCUAGAUGGACGCUUACGGCCCGGUGAUGAGCUGCUGUUUGUGGACGGGAUCCCAGUGGUGGGGAAGCCGCACAGAUACGUCAUUGACUUGAUGCACGGGGCGGCACGGAACGGUCAGGUGAAUCUGGUGAUCAGGAGGAGGGUACAGGCAGCAGGUGAGUCUUGUCCGGAGAACGGCCGUAGCCCAGGCUCUGUCUCCACGCAGCACAGCUCCCCCCGCAGUGACUUCACAUACGGCAACAGCACCAUCACUACCCAGGCACCACACGCCGGCAUGGGCAACACCAACACCGCUUCAGACAGGACAUCGACCCCCAACACACAACCCAGUGAUGUCAUCAUCAAUCGAAAGGAGAGCGAAGGCUUCGGUUUCGUCAUCAUCAGUUCGCUCAACCGGCCCGAAGCAGCGGCCACCAACACUGUGCCCCAUAAAAUUGGCCGCAUCAUCGAGGGCAGCCCAGCUGACCGCUGCGGGAAGCUGAAGGUGGGAGACAGGAUACUGGCAGUGAACAGCCAGUCCAUCGUCAACAUGCCGCACGCCGACAUCGUUAAGCUGAUCAAGGAUGCGGGCCUCAGCGUCACCCUGAGGAUCAUACCACAGGAAGAGAUCAGCAAUCCCCCAUCAGCCCCCAGCUCAGAGAAGCAGAGCCCCAUGGCCCAGCAGCACAGCCCGAAGAUCCAGCCAAUCUCCGCCGCGUCACAGCCAAACCCAGCUGCGACAGAACCCAACCCUUCUGUUAGCCAGCCCAACCCCAUGCCACACCAGAGCCCUGUGACCCAGCUGCCUGCCCCUCCGCCGCAGACCUACACCCACGAGAGCAGUUACAGGUCAGAGGUGAAGGCGAGGCAGGAUGUUAAACCAGACAUCAGACAGCCGCCGUUCACAGAUUACCGACAGCCGCCAGUGGACUACCGGCAUCCUCCUGUGGCAGACUACAGGCAGCCACCCACGUUGGAUUACAGACAUCCGCCACUGCUGGACUACCGACAGCUAGCUACUGACGCCAGGCAGUUCACCAUCCCAGAAUAUCGAAUGCCACCGGUUCAACUUGCGCAGGACUUUGACUUCUUCACAGUGGAGCUGGAGAAAAGCGUGAAAGGCUUCGGUUUUAGCAUCCGUGGAGGACGGGAGUACAAGAUGGACCUGUUUGUCCUACGACUGGCUGAGGACGGGCCGGCCAUCCGCAACGGGAGGAUGAGGGUUGGGGACCAAAUCAUUGAGAUCAAUGGAGAGAGCACCCGGGACAUGACUCAUGCCAGAGCCAUCGAGCUGAUCAAGUCUGGAGGCAGGCGUGUUCGUCUCCUCUUAAAGAGGGGUACAGGGCAGGUCCCAGAGUAUGAUAAUGCCGCCCCAUGGGAUGCUCGCCCUUCAGCCUCCCCAAGCUUGUCGGAAGUAGCCCCUCCCAUCGACAGCCUUUCCAUGUCAUCGCCUUCAUCUCAUCUGGCCCCGGCCCCCGACCCACCUCACCUGCCGCCUCUGGACGUCCCUCGAGACACGGUGGCAGGAGACAGCAGGAAGGAGCGUUCAAAGAGUCCCCAGAAGGCCGAGCUGCUAAAUACAGAUCCGAUCAGCCAGGGGAGGAGAGCGGCUACAACCAGUGGGAGCGGAAAAGCUAAAAAGGAGGGUGGCAGGUCCACCCACAAGGGGCACAGGGUGCAGCCCACUACUGAGGGGGAAGGAGGCAAGGAGGGGCAGAGCGGGGAGCCCAAACCUUCCAGGAGCACCAGAGGGAGGUCCAAGGAGAGACAUACCGGGGACAACAGAGAGACCACCCAAUCUCCCAGCGCCUCCAAGCUCCCGCACACUAACGGGAACAGCAGGGAGGAUGUGGAGCGUUACAGUGGCGGGCAGCAGCAGGUGGAUUCAGAGCAGAGCAACCCCAGACCCAGGGAACUGGACAGGGGCCUGGGAGAGAGCCGGCCCAGCCUGCCCAACAAGAGCACCAGCAGCAGCGGCAGCGCAGCAGGGAGGAAGGCCACGGUCUCUCCUGGGCCUUGGAAGAUCCCUGGAUCAGACAAGUUGCCCAGCACACUGCGCACAGGCACGUCCACGCUGAGCAGAUAACACCGCGGCUCCAGCAGAAUACAGUGGCCACACUCAUCUGAACUAAAACCACCCCAUCUGGAUGAAACUACCAUCCCCACACCUUCCUGUGCUCCUUUAUCCCCCCUCAAUCCCAUUCUCCCAUAGACCAUGGAGUCAAACCCAAGAGGGGGGGGGGCAGGGUGAUCUGGACCACGUGUUUUUAGAGUUUUAUUUAUGAUACUGUACUCUAAAUUAUUUUGAGAAAUAUUUUACACCCACCACCUUAAGAACUGGAAAAUCAUCCACUUUAAAAAAAAAUUUAAAAAAAGGAAGAGCAAGUAGAAUGUGUGUGUAGCGUGGCGGGGAAUCCUUCGAGGGGUACAAACUUUGAAGAACUCAAUUUUGAGUUCUCCCCAAAAACUGGGGGACAAACAUGCAAAUAUAAACAACUGACAGGAAGCAACUGUCGGUUGCCAUUGGAAUUUUUAUAUAUAUAUAUAUAAAUAUAUAUAUAUCUUCACAAUGGAGUCUGUUUUAUGAACUGGAAUGUUAAAAAAGAAGGUUUGCCUGUUUUUGACAAGAGCGAAUGGAACAAAGAGUGACAGCGGAGAUGAAAUCUACUCAUCAACAGAACUUUGCCUUAACAGAGACUGUAUGGGGCCUGAAUCUGUCUUGAAUAAUCUAUCAGAUGAUUAUAGACAUAGAUAUAUUAUAAUUGAAUAUGAAUAUGUGGGAUCAUUUUGUAAAUAAGAUCAUCUUUUAAUGAACAGAACCUUAGUUGAGCCGAUGGAAAAUUCUAGCCCGCGCAAACAUGGAUAAGAAACAUUCACCACAUCGACUUCUCCCUCUUCUACCCUCCCGUUCAGCCCUGUGACUGCGGUUUGGGGUCUCGGCGCGGCCUGCUGCGGUCGACUGCACGCUUGAAUCAUCCCAAGUUCAGCGGGGUCGGGGUCGGGGUGGGGGUUGGUGGCGGGGGGUGUCGUAUCUAUCCAUUUUUUCCCAUUUCUUGUGCUUAACGAACAAAGCAAUCCACGACGGUGGUGUCCAGCCGGAUGCUGAGAAGAAGAGGCUCGCGUGAUACCGACCGAGGGGCAGAGUGCCUUAGACUGACAGAGAGGUUGGCUUUUAAGUCAAAGGUUCAACUCCAAAACACUUAAGAGGGUUCAAAACAGGCUGCUAUACAACACCAACUUUACAGAUAUAAAUAAUAAACAGUAUUUUUUCAGAUACGAGUGUGAUAUGGUGAAAUACAUAAUUUAUUUCACGAGCUUAUGUAUGAAAAUUAGUCCAUUAGCAAGAGGUAUUGACGGUCCUUAUUUGUGCAAGUGGUUCUUUCUGGGUCAUGGUAGUUUUCAUUACUGAUUUCUUAAUGAGGUCUGACACUAGUAAUUUCCAUGAAGAAUGAUAUAAUCAGAUGUCAGCGCGGAGCAGAGCGUCGCACCCAAACCAAAACUAAACCAGUGAAAAAUCUGAUAUUGAAUCAAUCUCGCAUGUCGAAAGCUCGCCCGCCUAACAACGUGUAACCUGAAUGAAUGAACGCCCUCAAUUUGAAAAUGAAACACUUCUAUCAUUUCCAGGUCGACUGAGGAGACGGUUUGCACCUGUCGCAGCCACUAUCAGCUGCUGAGUUUGAUUUGUUUCAGGUGAUUCUGUCUACACUGUGUGAUAUUAAGCAGUACAUCUCCAAGCCAAAGCUCCCCGUAGAUUUCCAUUUGUCUGAGCAUACACAUUACCUGCCCCAGAAUUUGACUCAAUUUGAAGGUUACGUGUUACACCAUAAAUGUCCAGGUGUACAUUUUAUACAACUUGACAUCUCCCUAAGCUCUGCCCCCCCUUAGUUACUGUUGCUAUGCUUGUCAAUCUCUCCACUCUGGUUGGGUUUACAGUGAUAGCGAUGGCAGAUUUUACAACUCCAAGUUCUUGAUCAUUUUUGACACAAUGGGUCCUUUGUUUGAGACAGAAGUAAACAAAAAGCUGCUUCUCAUUUCUAGCUGCCGGCUGACAUUGACAACUCUCACUGGCAGAUUUGAUCUGCUCUAACUAGUUAGCUAAUUAGGCUAAUUCUAGCUCCAUGAGCCGGCUCCAGACUGUCUCUGGCUGACUCGUUUAAAACAAGCAUCCUGGCUUCUCGCUUUAUUUGGAUAGUCCAUCUACAGAUGGUUUAUAGAGUACAUUUCAACAGCUUAUUGCUUAGGUAGGUAGGUAGGUAGAUAGAUAGAUAGAUAGAUAGAUAGAUAGAUAGAUAGAUAGAUAGAUAGAUAGAUAGAUAGAUAGAUAGAUAGAUAGAUAGAUAGAUAGAAAGAUAGAUUUAUUUAUCCUGAGGGAAAUUCAAGACAACCGUUCCACCUGGUUAAAUCUUUACUGAGGAGCUGGAAGCGUCAGCGUGUCCAAACAGAAAGUGAAGAUUUUCCACACGCUUUGAUCCAUGCAAUAUAUAAAAGCUUUUAUGUGCUCCGAUGAAGGUCAGAUAGACUGAAAGCUUUCUGAAUAAAGGGAUGUAUUGCAUGGAUGUAAGCAGAUAUCUUCACUUUUUCACUACACCUUUCACUGGUUAAGAUUCAACAAUUCAACCGUUUCCUGAUAUUGCACAGCUGUGGUUAAGGUUUGGUUAGGUUUAGGCACAAAAAACAUUUUGGUUAGGGUAUGUUCCUGCGUUACACUCCAAAGAUAAUCUGUUAAAGAUCUACAGACAAAGCAAAACCGUUACAAAUACUCUAUAAACUAUCUGUAGGCGGGCUGUACAAAUAAACUGUUACUGAAUCUUACAAAAAGGGGUUUUAAAUAUGCAUUUGGUGGCUACAUACGUGACAUUAUGCUAAAGGACUGAGGCUAAAGCUGCAUGUUCCAGGCACAAAGUUGGAAGUAAAGAAACAGCAUUUCUCUUAUACUGCAGGGUAGAGUUAGUCCUAGCUUUUUAAGUAUGAUAAUAAAAACUGUAAGAUCAGACUGUUAUUCAUUCUAACUUAACACCGUGUGGCUGUACAGCUUAUGUAUGUGUUUGUAUUCCUCAAGCAGUGUGUUUUUACUGUUAGGGUCGCAAGAGAAAACUCUUUUAGGAUGACCACAACACUAUCUCGGGUCACUGGUUGGAGUGUGAACUUCAAAUCCAACAAAGAGCAGGAUAGAACUGUAACAUUAGCUAGCUAGUAAACUAGUUAGUCAGACAUUAUAACGAUUGCAGCUCACAUUAGAGCAGAUAAUCACACUGUUGAAUCCAUUCCUUACACUUUUGUCUCUGUGGAUUUUGGUUUUGGAAAGGCAAAAAAAAAAUCUCUUAAUUAAACUCUUUAACUGCUGACUAAUGCUCGUACGGCUGCCCCCACGCACACUGCUUCAACAUGUGAAGAAAUCCAAAGUUUGACAGGCCUGCAGUGCCUAGUUACGGUUGCUAAGCUGUGAUUGAACGCUCGCUGUUCAGGGGCGGGGUUUACGCCAAAAAAAAGGUCAAUUUUGAGGUCAGAAAAUCUUUUCAAAGCGUCUGCAGAAAGUGGUACAUUUUCCUCUGAAUGAGCGACAAGUGGUAAUACCAGAACAAAAAGGUUUCCUCUCCUUCCUCUGCUGAGGGAAGUGCAAACAGUGUUUAAAGAAUAAAAGAGCAAAGGGACACAAGUCAUUAUGUUUGCCAUUGUGAUCCGUAAUUACACAAGGAAUAAGCAGCCUGACUUUAAAGCACAAUCUCACACAGAGGAGUUUGGGAUGUGAAUUAUUAUGUCGGUGAAAAUUAUCAGCCAGGCUCAACCAUUCAGUCACUUGUAGAUGGAGCCCAGGGACAAUAUUACGAAAAACUAAGCCCCAAAUCUAAAUUUCACAUUUUGUCAGACUAUAGGUAGCAAAUGCUGCCUACAUACUGUACCGUCAAUGCUCAUUUGCUCCUUUUUAUUUUGUGACUUUUGUUUGAAGCAGCAACAAAAAAAAAAAGUGUGUAUUUUUGCUCAACCUUUGCACAACUCACUGCUUUCCACAUCUGAGCUGUCUCAAUUGAGCCAAAAUGUAGGUAGUUUUUCUACAGAAAGCAAAAAAAAAAAGACAUCUAGAGGGUUUUUUUUUUUUGGCGUGUGUUGAAAUAACGGCACGCGCUGCACCAUGGACUCCCACCCAAGCGGCUCAGUAUCACUGUGUAGUGUUAGCGGUGUGUAGACCCUGAACAAAUAUCUCUAUAAAUAUGACUCAGUGUACUAUUGAUGGUCACAAAGACUGUAAGUGAAGCAACUAUUUUUAUGAAAUGCAACACUAUGGAUAUAUUAACUUUUGCAAAAAUCUUGUUUACCUGUAUGAUAUUCUGAAACGCUGUCAAAAUAAAAGAGAAUCUUGCCACAUGACAGAUUUAUUUAGGA